AAACAGAAAGUGAAAGUGCAGUUAGAAUAUAACCAGAAUCAGAGCAUAGGAGAAAGGCACACAGUGGUGCUGUCUGAUAGAUCCAAAUAAUUUUUUUCUUCAUUAAUUUCUCUUUUGACAACAUGAAAGCAAGGAGGAUCGUUCUGCUGGGAAAACAAGGAGCAGGGAAAAGCCGCCUGGCUAAUCUCAUAUUUGGAGGGACUGUGUUCGAGGUAAACUGUUCUUCCAAAUCCUUAAUGAGUGAAUGCCAAGUGGAAACAAAGUCUGUCAAUGGAAGAAGCAUCACUUUGAUCGACACUCCUGGAUUGUUUGGCUCAGGCAGGUCUGAGGUGGAGCUGAAGUCUGAGAUAGUGAGGUAUAUCACAGAGUGCGCUCCUGGGCCUCAUGCUUUUCUCAUUGUGCUCAAAGUGGAGAAAUUCACGGCGCAGGAGCAGGCUGUCAUUGAGAAUAUACUUCAGUGUUUCUCUGAAGACGCUUUCAAAUAUGCGGCAGUUGUCUUCACUCACGAUGAAGAGCUCCUCAAAGGGCUGAAGACUGAGGAGAUGGUCAGUCAGAAUAAACAUCUGAGUGAUCUGGUGAAGAAGUGCGGCGGGCGAUGUCACGUCGUUGAUGAUAAAUACUGGAAGAACAACAAAGAGGACAGUUACAGAAGAAACCAGCUCCAGGCGGCGGAGCUACUCAAUAUAAUAGACAAGAUGGUGAUGGAAAACAGAAGAGUUCACAACAAUGCCUCUAAGAACGUCUGGAUCAAACUGACAGGCCCUGCAGCCGAGUCACUGGCGAAAUCUUUCUCUGGGCCAGUGGUUGCAGUUUCGCAAGAAAACAAGGUAUUAAGAAGAGGAGCAGAAGAGGGAGCAGCAGAAGAAGAAGGUGCAGCAGUCAUGCCAAUUUCACCAGAGCGAGAGGCUGAAGGUGUGGAACAUACUGGAAGAGGAGGAACAACAGUAAAAGUCAAAACAGUGUCAGCGUCACCAACGAGGAUUGUCAUCGCAGGAACAGCCCGAGCUGGAAGGAGCAUCAAAGUGCUAAAAACAUGCAGGAUUGUGCUGCUGGGAAAAACCAGAGCCGGGAAAAGCAGCCUAGGAAACACCAUAUUUGGAGAGGAUGUGUUCAAGACAAAUAACACUCGGAGCUGUGGAACGCGUGAAUGCCAAACAGCGUCCAAAUCUGUUGAUGGAAGAAGAAUCACUCUGAUUGACGCUCCUGGUUUCUUUGACUUCAGCUCCAGUGAGGAGGAGCUGAAGGUGGAGAUGGAUAGGUGUAUCACAGAGUGCGCUGCUAGGCCUCAUGCUUUUUUCAUUGUGCUUAAAGUGGAGGAGAUCACCAAACAGGGGAUGGAUGUCAUCUCUAGAAUAUCUCAGUAUUUCUCUGAGGAAGCUUUGAAAUAUGCUGCCGUUGUCUUUACUCACGGUGACCAGCUCCCACAGGGAAUGAAAAUUGAGGAGUUUGUUGAUCAGAAUAAAUGUCUCAGUGAUCUUGUGGAGAAAUGUGGUGGCCGCUGCCACGUCGUUGAUAAUAAAUACUGGAACGACAACCAACAUAGUGAUGACAGGAGCAACAGGUUCCAGGUGGCAGAGCUGCUGAACACAGCAGACAAGAUAAUGACAGAAAACAAAGGAGGCUGCUACACCAAUAAUAUGCUACGAGCAGUGAAGAGAGGAAUAGAGGAAGAGGGCGUCAGGGAGACAAUAGGAAACGUGACACAGGGAGACACCAGCAGGAAAGCUGACAGCAGUAUCUCUAAGAAUGAGUGGAUCAAAUUCACAGGCGCUGCAGCAGAAUCAUUGGCAGGAGCUUUCUUUGGGCCAGCAGUCAUAGUUUUGCAGGAAUCUGGGGGAGAAAAUGAAGACGGAGGAGAAGUAGAGGAGGAGGAAGAAGCAGAGGAACCAGCAGCGGAAGUAAAGAAAGAUGUAAAAGAAAAACCAGCAGAAACAGAAGAAGAGGAGGAAGGAGACACAGAAACAGAAGAGGAAGCAGAAGAAGAAGCAGCAGCAGCUGAAAUAAAGAAAGAAACAGGACAAGGAAGGAGUGCAGGAGGUGGUGGAUUGGGAUUUCUAGGUGGUCUGUUUGGGUUCUUUUCUGGGAUAGCAGCAGGAUUAGGAACGCUUCUAGGUGGUCUGUUUGGGUUCUUUUCUGGGAUUUCAACAGGAUUAGGAACGUGUCUAGGUGGUCUGUUUGGGGCAGGAGCUGCAGCAGCAGGGGCAGGAGCUGCAGCAGCAGGGGCAGGAGCUGCUGCAGCGGUAGCAGCAGUAGCAGCAGUGGCGCUAACAUCUUUAACAUUUUUUGGACUAAUUGCAGGAGCAAUAGCUUGGCUGGUAUCAAAAAUUAAAGAUUUUUUAAAGAAACUGCCACGACAUAUUGGAAUCGUCUUGCUGGUGGUUGUCUUCCUUUCGUUGCUCCUGUUAUCACUUUGUCUCAAAGUGCGAAUCCUUGGGACCCUCCUCUUACUGUUCGGAGUAUUAUUGUCGUUUUUGGCGUUAGUGUUCCUACUCUUGCUGUUAUAGAAGUAGUAAGAUUCACAGCCCCGAUUCCAAAAACAGUGUGAUCAUUUCUUAAUCCUUACCAUACUCAAUUGAAAACAGCACAAAGACAAUAUAUUUAAUAAUUCUUGUAAAUAUAUACUUGUUCUUCUGUUUGAUGCAGCAACAUGUUUCGAACAAGUUGGGACAGGAGCAGCUUAAGACUGCGAAAGUUGUGGAACGCUCCAAAAACACCUUUUUGGAAACAGGUAAACAGGUUGAUUGGGUAUGAAGG